AUGCAAAAGCAGUACAUCACAACCGUGGACGACUUCUUCUUCAAGAUAGAACGGGAAAUCGUUCCAGCUGAUCUACAAGAGCGUCUGCGGGAAGAAAUGAAUGAUAUGAGAGAGCGCGAUUGCAAGGACCUCCCUGACUAUGUAGGCAAGUUUCGCCACGUGGUAACUCAAGUCCAAGACAUGAGCGAACUGGACAGGAUUAUGUACUUCCUACGCGGACUUUCCGGUCGUACGCGAGAAGAGGUCCAGUACCGUCGCUGUACAACGUUGUCAGACGCUAUUACUGUUGCGUUAGACUUUGACCGUUCUCAUCCGACGAGGUAUUCCUGGGGCAGGUCACAGGAUAAACCUAGGUACCGGUCAUACGACAAUGAUCGUCGAUAUCAAUCCAACACUGGCCCAGAGCCAAUGGACGUUAGCACUGUGCAGAUUCCAUCUCGGGACGAAUGUCGUCGACGAAAUUUGUGUUUCAAAUGCGGUAGUCCGCAUCAUCGCUCCGCACAGUGUCAUCAGCGCCCCACGCGUUCUGUUCGAGAAAACACUAAUGCUGGACGGAACUAUCAACAUCAGGUACAUCGUCAGCAUGUAAACAAUGUGGACAGUCGUGAGGACGACCAGGACACAAGUGUUUACGACCGAGUCACGAUCAAUGCAGUGGAGGUACAAAAGGAUUCUGAGGUACCAUUCAUUGCCAUCCACUCAAGUAGCUCGGGGGCGGACAUACCAGCGCAAAGUCGACUACUCGUUCGUGAUGGUGUUAUUGGUAAUAAACCCGUCAAGAUUUUGAUUGACUCUGGAGCGUCAACGAAUCUGAUCAAACCCGGUCUGCUGUCCACAGUUCUCAACGAACAGAUGGUACAAGCACGACGUUUUAAUGGUACCUGGACAUCAAGUCAACCCACAAAGCAGGUGGAAGAUACCAUUUUAAUCGACGGUAUGGAGUUCCCUAAGAUGCAGUUUACAGAAUGGGAUCUACCGGAUACACAUGACUUGUUAUUUGGUCAACCAUGGUUUACCAUGUACAACCCCCAGAUCAACUGGCGUACACAACAAAUUGAAGUUGCAGCACACACGACGUUCAAAGACGUGGACGGGCCGACAUUUCAUGCGAAGAUGACUCGCGGAGCCUACAAGGAAACAUAUCAAUUAAAGGUUACCACCAUAGACCAUCAGGAGAUACCGCACGAGCUACAGCCAGUGCUAGACGAGUACAAGGACGUAUUUCCCGACCAACUUCCAGAGGUAAUGCCUCCAACGCGAUCGGUCAACUUUGAGCUACAACUGAAGCCUGAUGCGGUGCCGAGCUCUCGGGCCCCCUUCCGUCUAUCGAAAGUGGAGCAGGAGGCGCUCCAACAAUUUGUGGAGGAGAAUAUACGGAAAGGAUGGAUCGAGGUGUCCAACUCUCCAUGGGUUUCAAACAUAUUUGGGAUUCCAAAAAAGGAUCCUGUAACCGGGCGGUUCCCUAAACGCGCAGAAUGGCUCCGCAGCGGAAAUUCCAAGAUCCCCAUUAGAUGGGUCAUUGACUACCGAUAUGUUAAUAGCAUGUCUGUCGUGGCAAAAAUUCCUUUGCCGUUGAUCGAGGAACUGUUCGACCGCAUGGUGGGAUGUAAGUUUUUUACGCUUCUUGAUCUUGCGCAAGGGUACCAUCAAAUGGUAGUCUUACCAUCAAGUAGACCCUAUACGGCUUUUCGCACCCAUAAGGAAACGUAUCAAUGGUGUGUAGCACCCAUGGGUUUAUCUGGAAUGCCUGGUGUCUGGUCGCGGCUAAUGCGAACGUUGUUCGACCAAUUCGGAACCUUUGUCGUGGUGUAUCGUGACGACAUAUGUAUCUUCUCCCGUACAAUGGAGGACCACGUCGGCCACGUUCGCGCAGUAUGUGCCGUGUUACGCAAGGAGAAGGUUUAUGCUCGACUCUCCAAAUGUGCGUUUGGUCGUAACGAGAUUGCAUUUUUAGGGCAUAUGGUUUCCGACGAAGGUCUGCAGGUCGACCCAAAGAAGACCGAUGCUAUUGCACAGUUUCAAGCUCCGACGUGUCGCAAGGAGCUGCUGAGUUUUCUCGGGCUGGCUGGGUAUUACCGUCGCUUCAUCUGCGAUUUUGCCAAGCUUUCACGUCCUCUUCGAGCAUUAACCAAACACGAUACUCGCUGGAGCUGGGGGGAGGAUCAACAGCGAUCAUUUAACGCGUUAAAACUCGCACUUCAGCAGGCUCCGACGCUAAAGCUGCCAGACUUUACGCACCCUUUUAUUGUCACUACGGAUGAUUCUGGGUUCUGCAUGGGCGGUGUCCUCUCUCAGCGCAUCAAUAACAGCGACCAUGCCAUCGCAUUUUAUUCGAAACAUCUGGGCCCCCACGAAUUAAAAUGGACCGCUCAUGAAAAAGAGCUGCUAGCAAUCAAGACUGCUUUAGAAAAAUGGCGCCCGUAUCUCCACGGACGACACUUUUCAGUCUACACCGACAAUUCAGCGUGCAAAUGGAUGCUACACCAUCCUAAAGUGUCGCCCAAGAUGGCACGCAUGCUGACGUUCUUUUCCCAGUUCGACUUUGUCUUACAUCAUGUUAAAGGAUGGUCUAACGUCGUGGCCGAUGCAUUAUCUCGACCGGCCGUAUCCGAAGAUCCCUCCAGCGUGCGCGCUGUGCCUACGUGCCCAGUUCCCGAUCUGUCGCACGUCGUACAUGAAUGUACGGAUGCUUGUGCCCUCAACUCUCCCUAUUUGCAGCAACACAUGGUUCACUCCGCUCUCAUGCGGUCCAUUCCGCUCGAAGUCGCACACCUCUUACUUGACGAUGUGGAGUUGCGGGGGGAGUCUCGUCCGAUAGGAAUCGCUCAGGAGCAAAUCCACAACGCUGCGUUUCACGUGGUGCGCGCACAUCUCAGUGACAAAGUGCGAAAAACUAUCUAG